GUACAAGCGCAUCCCAAUCGUCCGGUCACUGCUGAAGCAGUCGCUUGGUCCGCUGAGCCAACGACUGGAAGAGCUGGUGGUAGUGCGCUUGUCAGUGCUUUUGGGAUGGUUUCUGCCCUACAGCAUCAUUCUGCGAAGAGCAAGGGACGCUCUACAACUCGUCUGCUCCGGCCUCUGGCUCCUGGUCUCGUCCCUCGCCUCGCCUCUGGCCUGGAUUCCUUCGGUGGCCUCGGCGCCUGUGGAGGCAGCCACCUCCGCCUGGCGGUUCUUCGUGCAGAUCAUUGGAACCGUGGCCCGAGUCGCUUCUUCAG